AUGUCUGAUCUUGGAAGGAAAUCCCUCGGCGACCAGGUUGGCGACAAGCUCAAGCCCGACUCUCAGAAGAGCACCACAGAGAAGGUCGGAGACACCAUGAGCGGUAUGGGAGACCGUGUUGCAGGAGCUGUCCAGCCUGACUCCCAGAAAUCCACUACUCAGAAGAUGGGUGAUAGCAUGCGCUCCGGCUCUGACGAUGCGUCAAACCAGAGCAAGGGAAUGGCCCAGACCGUUUCCGACGCCAUGGGAAAUGCUGCUCAGACUGUAUCAGACACCGUGAACCAGGCUAUGGGAGGAAAGAAGGACACGACCAACAGGGACUUGUGA